AUGGGGACUGAUGAGGAAAAUGAAAAGGUAAGCAUUGUUACCUUAUCAUACCCUUUUGAAUAUCCCACAUCGACAAUGACUCAAGAUGUUAAACCUCUAUACAUUAAGGCAUACUUCGUUGGGAAAGAAAUGAACAUAGUGUUAGUGGAUAAUAAGACAGGAGUGAAUUUGCUUCUUCGUUCAUCUUUGAGGAAAUUGGGCAAGAGGAAUCCCAGGUUAAUCCCAACAAACAUCAAUGCCAAGUACAAUGCCCUGUUUAGUAGAGAUUGGAUCCACACUAACAAAUGUGUGCCCUCAUCUUUACAUCAGAAGGUGAUGAUAGCCUUGAACAAUUGGGAGAUAGAGGAAAUAAAUGCAGACCUACAACCCUUCAUUGACUGUGCAGUUUUUGCAGAAGCAAAGUUGUAUACCGAGGGAGUUGGCACACUUGAAACAUUUGAAGAAAGUAAAGAUGCUGAACCAGAAAGGGUUGUAACAGAUCAUGAUGAAAAGGUUGCUUCGAAGUCAAAAGAAGCUGAAGGAGGGAUAUUGAAAUAUAAGGAUUGUUUUACUUGGUCUUAUAAUAAUCUUCCUGGAUUGGAUACGUCAUUAGUGGAGCAUAGACUUCCAGUCAAGCCCAAUUUUAAACCAUACAAGCAGAAACCUAGACGAAUGAGUUCUGAGGUAGUUCAGAAGGUGAAUGAGGAGAUUACUACGCUCCUCAAAGCAGGUUUUAUCAGAACAGCCAGGUAUGUUGAGUGGCUGUCCAACAUCGUGCCUAUGAUCAAGAAAAAUGGCAAAUUAAGGGUAUUCAUUGAUUUCAGGAAUUUGAAUUUGGCAAAUCCAAAGGAUGAGUACCCCAUGCCUGUAGUAAAACUGUUGGUGGACAAUUCAGCAAAGAACAGGGUCUUGUCUAUGAUGGAUGGACACUCUGGUUACAACCAGAUAUGCAUAGCAGAGGAGGAUGUUCACAAGACAGCUUUCAAGUGCCCUAAGAACAUUGGGACCUUCGAAUGA